UAUAUUACCAGAUAUUACCAGAUCCAGAUGCCACGCUAAUAACGCUGACCUUGCUGUUUGAUCCCAUUAGAAUUUAUGAACUUCAAGCUCGGUUAGAGAAAGUUCAACUUUUGUGGACUGAGUUUUCAAACGUCCAAACAGAAUUAGAGCAACUCGAUAAGGAUUCUAAUCAUACUGAAGUGAGAUUAAAGUUUGAAGAUGAAUUUUUUUCAUCUACAGGGAGAGCUAAAGGUAUUUUAGACACUCAUUUUUCUAAAUUAUAUAAUCAAAAUAGGCCUAAGCCAGAAAUUAAUCCUGUCAUGAGCAAUCACAAUUUACCUAAACUAAAAUUACCAGAUUUUUAUGGUAGUUACGAAAAAUGGCUUCAGUUUGCUGAUACUUACAGAUCUUUAAUACAUAAUAGUAACUCAUUAUCAAAAAUUGAAAAAUUCUGGUAUCUUAAAUCCUGUUUAAAAGGAGAUGCUGCGAAUCUGUUAACUUCCUUAGAGGUCUCUGAAGCAAAUUAUGACAAGGCCUGGUCACUUUUGAGUGACAGGUAUGAAAAUAAAAGGGCUAUAAUACAGACCCACCUCAAAUCAUUUUUUGAAAUGCCAGUAAUAACAAAGGAGUCUCAUAUUGCUCUAAGGAACUUAAUUGAUACCUCGUCGCAACAUUUAAGAUCAUUAGAGUCAUUGGGUUUACCAAUUGAACAUUGGGAUACUAUUUUAAUUUAUCAGAUAACAUCUAAAUUAGAUUUAAUUACUAGAAAAGGGUGGGAAGAUUAUUCUUUAAAGCUGCCUACAGAUACACCAGCCUUUGAUGAAUUAAUCUCAUUUUUGAAUGACAAAUGCCAAGUUCUCGAGAGUAUCAGUACAAAUAUCCCUUCUCAAAAAUCAACAAGCAAUAAAUGUUCAAAUAAAAAUAGUUCUAGUACUUUUGUUUCUACAAUACCACAUGUAUUUUAUGCAACAAGAAUCAUUUUAUUUUUGCAUGUUCAGAAUUUUUAA